AUGGCGCAACCCUCCUCAUCAAGCGACUCGGGCAAAUGCAAACUGCUCGAGCUACCCGCCGAGCUCAGAAACGACAUCUACCGCCUAGUGCUCGUCCCAGAAGACGAUGCAGCCGUGGAUAUCGACGCAAACGGAUACGACAGACCCGGACUCCUCUCGACCUGCAAGCAAAUCUACUAUGAGGCACGCAAAAUCUUCUACGCCGAGAACAAGUUCAUGUUUCUGGUGGCAGGCUUUGAUGCAACGGUACUAUAUCGCUGGGGAAAGAUUGGGAGCUGUCGGAAGUUUGGGAAAGUGGCAGGACUAGGCCGACUGAACGUCACUAUGAGAUGGGGGGGAUCUGAUGCAAUGGCUGAAAUAGUAUCAUGCUGGUGAAGGUGAUGGGUGUACCGGCCCCACGGGCAAUACGGUCUUCCUGUGA